UGAAAAGUGUAGGAGUCGAGAAACUUCAUCCAUGUAAAUAACGUCAAGAAGAAAGCUGUGUGACACGCUGUAGAUAGCAAUUCGCAGUACAUAGCUAUAUUUAUUUACCAGCUUACUUUAUAAAUAUGCCCCGGAAAAAGCCAUUUAGCACCAAACAGAAGAAGAAACAGCUACAAGGCAAACGGGAGAGAAAGAGAGGUGACACAGGUUCAGGGCCGAGCAGCCGCAAUGCCAGUCUGGAGCGAGGAGAGCGACAGUCAGACACCUCGGACAGCGAAACCACUGAUGUGAGGAAAAUAAAUCAGCAGCCCUUCGCCAGGGAAGGCAGAUAUGACCCCAACAGGUUCCGACUUCACUUUGAGAAAGAGAGUAAAGAAGAAGUGGAAAAGAGGAAAAAGGUGGCCAGGGAGAAGGUGCUGAAGCUACUCUCAGGGAAAGAGGAUGAGAUCAGCAUCGACGACGUCUUCCCUCCAGAGAAAGGUCUUGGUUUCCCACGACGACCGCCCUGGAGUUAUGAGAUGACACGAGAGAACCUGCUGAAGAGAGAGGAGAAGUCGUACCGAGAACACCUGGAUGACCUGCACUCCAGAAACCCCGAGGGCUCUCUCAGCCACUUUGAGCACAACCUGGAGACAUGGAGGCAGUUGUGGCGAGUGUUGGAGAUGUCAGACGUCAUCCUGCUAAUCGUGGACAUCAGGCACCCGGUGCUGCAGUUCCCUCCGUCCCUGUACAACUACAUCACAGGAGAGCUGGGGAAGCAGGUGAUCCUGGUGCUGAACAAAGCCGACCUGUGUCCUCCCCCACUGGUGAUCGCCUGGAAACACUACAUGACCUCCCAGUUCCCCCACCUGCAGAUCGUCUGCUUCACCUCCCACCCAGGAGAGGCCUACAGCACAGUGCUCCAGAAGAAGCGGAUGAGGAAGAAGGCUGACUGGAGUCACGCUGGAGGACCUUUAGAUAUCCUGAAGGCCUGCCAGGAGAUCACAGCGGGGAAAGGCUGCUACCUAUCUUCACCCAUGUCUAAUUAUUAG